CAUCUCUUCAACCAAUCUUCAAUACAACUAUUCACCAUGCAGCUCACCAACCUGCUUAUGACCGUUGCCGCGACGCUCUCUGUCGCCAACGCAUACAAAGUCACCACCGACGGCCUCAACUGUCGCAAGGGUGCCUCGACCAGCGAUGCCUCCGUGACCACCUACGACAACGGCGAGGAUGUCAACAUCACCUGCCAGACCAACGGCGAAGACAUCCAGGGCAACACCAUCUGGGACAAGACCGACGACGGCUGCUACGUCGCCGACUUCUACGUCAACACUGGCUCAGAUAGCAUGGUCACCAAGGACUGCGACGGCGGCUCCGACAGCGGCAGCUCCUCCUACCAGGGCGAGAUCAGCCGCAAGGAGAUUCUCGAGCGUGGUGAAUACUGGGUCUCGCGCCACGUCCCAUACUCCAUGAGCGCCUAUUACCCCGACCCCGAUGGCCGCAAGUACCGCACCGACUGCUCUGGCUUCGUCAGCAUGGCUCUGCAUGCGUCCGCCCCUGGUCUCAACACUGUCAGCCUUCCGGAAAUUGCAAAGUCCAUCGAGUGGGACGACCUCAAGGAAGGUGACUUUGUUGGCACCCUUGGCUCCGGUACUGGCGGUGCUGAUGGCCACGUUACUCUGUUCAAGUCGUGGACCGACAGCUCCAAGAAGGAAUACAAUACGCUUGAAUGCCAGGGUGGCAAUGGCUGUGUCUACGACAAGCGCGAGGUUGGCUGGAAGGUCGGCAGCCACACGGCCAAGCCCUACCGCUACGAGAAGGUCAAGGAUUAAGGGGUUAUUGUAUACAAGUACCCCAGAUAGAGACGUCCUUUGCAUCCUGUACAUAGUCUGAGCCUGAUUCAGCAUAUUAUCCCGGCUGGCAAGUCACAGCGACCUCUUAGAAACUGCAUCAAUAGAGA